GUGGGCUGCAGGGCGGGCAGCUGAACUGAAGAAAGCCCUGCUGGCUGUGCACACCAGCCAGCCUGCCCCGUCCUCCUUCCGUGCCUGCUGUGCUCCUCCCGCCCCACCACGGAAGCCCACGGGCAGCAGGGACGACUUUGGAGCAGCAGCACCAGCGGAGCUGCCACAGGACCUGCGGGCCCAUGGGGAAGGAAGCCGUGGCCGCCGCAGGACUAGAGUGGGAGACAAGGGGCGGCCGGCUGUGAGAGGGGCGCCUCCCUCCCAGCACUUGUGCCCUUCAGCCAUGCAGCCUGGGACAGCGCACCUCUGAGUGUGCAGGUGGCAUCCCAUCCCACCCCUCCAUCCCUCUGGGGGCUGCUGCACAGCUCCCCACCCAGUUCCCCCCCAGGCAGGCUGAGCGGGGUGUCCCACCAGGGCAGUCCCGAUGGCUGCACGUGGGAGGGGCAUGCUGUGGGUGUGUGUGGCAGCAGCCGCCCUGCUGCAUGUGGGCGGACUGGCCCGUGGCGACUGCUGGCUGAUUGAGGGCGAUAAGGGCUUUGUGUGGCUGGCCAUCUGCAGCCAGAACCAGCCGCCCUACGAGGCCAUCCCGCAGCAGAUCAACAGCACAAUCGUGGACCUGCGGCUGAAUGAGAACCGCAUCCGCAGCGUGCAGUAUGCCUCACUGAGCCGCUUCGGCAACCUCACGUACCUCAACCUCACCAAGAACGAGAUCGGCUACAUCGAGGACGGUGCCUUCUCGGGCCAGUUCAACCUGCAGGUGUUGCAGCUGGGCUACAACCGGCUGCGCAACCUCACGGAGGGCAUGCUGCGUGGCCUGGGCAAGCUGGAGUACCUCUACCUGCAGGCCAACCUCAUCGAGGUGGUCAUGGCCAGCGCCUUUUGGGAAUGUCCCAGUAUCAUCAACAUUGACCUGUCCAUGAACCGAAUCCAGCAGCUGAGCAGCGGCACCUUCUCGGGCCUGACCAAGCUCUCCGUAUGUGAGCUGUACAGCAACCCCUUCUACUGCUCCUGUGAGCUGCUGGGCUUCCUGCGCUGGCUGGCCGCCUUCACCAACACCACGCAGACCUACGACCGCAUGCAGUGUGAGUCGCCACCCAUCUACUCUGGCUACUUCCUCCUGGGCCAGGGCCGCCAUGGCCAUCGCAGCAUCCUCAGCAAACUGCAGUCCGUCUGUACAGAGGACUCCUAUGCCACAGAGGUGGCCGUGCCCCGUCUGGUGCCUGGCCGCUCCCAGCCGGGCCGCUCACCGCCACCACCACCACCGCCAGAGCCAAGCUUGGGGAGCCGAGCUGAUGUACCCUGCAGUGAUGACGAGUGUUUCUCUGGGGACGGCACCACACCACUGGUGGCUCUGCCCACGCUGGCCACCCAGGCUGAGGCUCGUCCCCUCAUCAAGGUCAAGCAGCUGACCCAGAACUCGGCCACCAUCACAGUGCAGUUGCCCAGCCCUUUCAACCGCAUGUACACGCUGGAACAUUACAACAACAGCAAAUCCUCCACAGUGUCCAGGCUGACGCAGGCCCAGGAGGAGAUCCGCCUGACCAACCUGUACACGCUGACCAACUACACCUACUGCGUGGUAUCCACCAGCUCGGGCACACACCACAACCAUACCUGCCUCACCAUCUGCCUGCCCAAGCCCCCCAGCCCGCCUGGGCCAGUGCCCAGCCCUUCCACGGCCACCCACUACAUCAUGACCAUCCUGGGCUGCCUCUUCGGCAUGGUGCUGGUGCUGGGCGCUGUGUACUACUGCCUGCGGAGGCGGAGGCGCCAGGAGGAGAAGCACAAGAAGGCAGCCUCAGCUGCGGCGGCCGGCAGCCUCAAGAAGACCAUUAUUGAGCUCAAGUACGGACCCGAGAUGGAGGCGCCUGGUCUGGCCCCACUGUCGCAGGGCCCGCUGCUGGGCCCUGAGGCCGUGACCCGCAUCCCAUACCUGCCAGCCGCAGCCAGCGAGGUGGAACAGUACAAGCUGGUAGAGAGCGGAGAAACGCCCAAGGCCAGCAAGGGGAACUACAUGGAGGUGCGCACAGGGGAGCCGGAACGCAGGGACUGCGAGCUGGGCCGGCCAGGCCCCGAGAGCCAGAGCUCGGUGGCCGAGAUCUCCACCAUCGCCAAGGAGGUGGACAAGGUCAAUCAGAUCAUCAACAACUGCAUCGAUGCGCUCAAGUCUGAGUCCACCUCCUUCCAGGGUGCCAAGUCCGGGCCUGUGUCCACGGCCGAGCCCCAGCUGGUGCUGCUGUCCGAGCCGCUGGCCACCAAGCACGGCUUCCUGUCACCUGUGUACAAGGACACUUUCGGCCACGGCCUGCAGCGGCACCACAGCGUGGAGGCGGCCCCCGGGCCCCCGAGGGCCAGCACCUCAUCCAGUGGCUCCACGCGCAGCCCUCGGGCCUUCCGCACUGAGCCCCCCAGCGUGCACAAAGCCACAGCCGCUGAAGCCAAGUACAUCGAGAAGAGCUCACCAGCAGCAGAGGCCAUCCUCACUGUGACACCCGCAGCCGCUGUGCUGCGGGCGGAGGCCGAGAAGAGCCGCCAGUAUGGCGAGCACCGGCACUCCUACCCCGGCUCCCACCCCGCCGCCGAGCCGCCCGCGCCACAGCUGCCACCGCCAGCCCACGAGGGCCUGGGCGGCCGCAAAGCAUCCAUCCUGGAGCCGCUGACCCGGCCGCGGCCCCGCGACCUUGCCUACUCCCAGCUGUCUCCACAGUACCACAACCUGAGCUACACGUCCAGCCCCGAGUACCCCUGCAGGGCCUCGCAGAGCAUCUGGGAGCGCCUCAGACUGAGCCGGCGCCGCCCCAAGGAUGACGAGGAGUUCAUGGCGGCCGGCCAUGCCCUGCGCAAGAAGGUCCAGUUCGCCAAGGACGAGGAUCUGCACGACAUCCUGGACUACUGGAAGGGCGUAUCCGCCCAGCACAAGUCCUGAGCCCUCACGGAGGUGGUGGCCCUGCCCUUCCCGAAACUCGUGAUGCCACUGGACCAAAAAGGAUACAAGAUCCACCGCAGCUAUUUCAAACUCAGAGACUCAUGGUGAAACACAGCGUGUGCGUAACAGGGUGGGAGCCGGGUGCGGGGACAGCGGGAGGGGACAACGGCAUGGGUAGAUGUCCUGACACCCAUGUAACCCACACUCGGAUUCCCCCAUACACACACACAUACACACACACACACACACACAUACGCCAGGGACUUCGGAAAACUGUGUCUUAGGGGUGGGGGUGGGGUGGGGGUUUUUUUCAUUAUCUUUCCUCUUUUGAUUCUUCUCUGCCUUCUUCCUCUCCUUCUCCUUAUUUUCUUCUUUUUUAAAAAAAAUAAUAAAAGUCAAAUUCUUUAAAAAAAGACAUAGAAUACCUGUUGCUGGGCAUGACCGGCGUGGCUGCCGGGGCCCCUCAUACGAUCUCUCAGUCUGUGGUUCUCUGUGGAUGCUCUGUUCGGUCCGUCUCUUCCUUACCACCUCUGGAGGCCACUGCACAGGAGCGAGCAGAGGCCGGCAGCUGAGUGGCCUCCUGUGGAACUGCAGAGGGGCCUAUGCCUGUGGACGGGUCGGGGUGGCUGGGGGGGACCGUGGAUGGGAAGCACUGUGUGUUCCCCCAGUCCCUGUUGUACACUGUAGUUGUUCUGUUGUACAGAAAAAAAAAAAUUUCUAUAUUUGCAAUGUUUGCUGUAAAAUGAGAAAGAACAAAAAAAAAAAG